AUGCUGGGAGAAAAAAAGAAAACCAUGCUUCUCAACACCAAGUCGCCGACCAUCGACCUGCAUGCGGCUGACAAGGUCAAGCGGUGGCCCACGUGCGUGCCACUCGACGACAUCCCAUCUCUACUCGAGGUUGAGGAAGCGGUACGGGAAAUGGCCAACAGAAAGGCCGUCGGGCCGGACGACCUACCGGCUGAGCUGAUCAAGCUUUUCCUGGACGGAGAUCAAGGUCUCCUCCGCGAGUUUCACGCCACUGUCGUGGACGUGUGGCAGACGGGGGACGUACCACAGCAGUGGAAGGAUGCCACCAUCAAAGUGCUGUUCAAGAAGGGGGACACGAUGGAGUGCGGCAACUACCGGGGCAUCUCUCUCGUCGCCCACGCCGGCAAGGUGCUGCUGCUUAUCGUCGUCGCUACACCAUUGAGCCACUACUGCGAGCGAGAGGGCAUCCUCCCGGAGGAGCAGAGUGACGAGAUCCGAAGCGGAUUGGCCAAGUUCAGUGGUGACCCAGGCGACAACGUCGGCUGGCGAACCCUGCAGACCUCCUUGUUAAUGGAGGACAAGCUGCACAAGGUUCUGUUGGGAGUGGAGAAAGCCCCUUCGGAUCCCGGACCUAGUGCUACGCCGGACCAGACUUCGGCAUGCCAAUCUGCCCUGGAAGGGUACCAGGACAAAAACGGACAGAUCUUUACACGGCUGAUGCUCGCCACAUCUGAAACCGGGGGCUACCAGAGCACGGCCUCGCAGACUGUGCAGGCAUACGCGCCUAUCGGAUCUUCCUACAACGGAGACGGGCGUGGAGCCUUCCUCGCCCUGGAACGAAAGUACCAGGCCGCUGGGGCAUACCGACUACUGUGCGGCCAAGCUGCUGGGAGCGUCUUGUCCUUCGAGGAGGUCGCCGACCGAGCCACUUCGUUCCACGCGAUGCACAUUCGUGGUAAAAUUGCGUCGAAGAACGCGUCCGGAAGCAGCAGCCGUGCGCUGAAUACCGUCACACACGGCGGAGCGCGUUCUUUCCGUAAGGGCGGCGGUCAUCAUGGUCGUGGACGCGCGCAGCGCGGUGGACAAGGAGGACGUGGCAGCUGGAACAACUCGUCGAACCGUAACAACGGGUCCACGAGGGGGAACAACAGCAACGACCAGAACCAUGGCGGCGCGACUUCUGGCGACGGAGCUGGUGCGUCUUCCGACAACCGGUCCUCUGGACGGCCGAACCACACGCAGCAAAAACGCGGGUACGACAGGGACGGCCUAUGCAGUUACUGUCACAAUUCUACGGAACACACCUGGACGAACUGCCCGCUUCGCGCCUCCAAUGCCACGCGGUUUUCGAACCGUGAACAACAGCAACCGCAGCAGCAGGUCAACACGACCGCGGAAGCCACGACACAGGCGUGGCUCACGCACGCACGCGAGGUAGACCUCACGCUGGAAUCAUUCGACAUCGCCAUAGGCGAUCCCGAGCAGGUGCCGUUUGCGCCUGCUGCAUCGACCCCUGAGGAGGCGCCCGAUGCAAAUGUCGGGCAGGUGCUGGCUGCGCUUGCCACAGCUUCGCUACAAUUGUUGGAGCGUGCUGUCCCAUUGCAGGUGCCGAUUGCGCCUGCCACAGCAGAGGAAACCGAGGAGCCUGCUGCCUCCUACGAGCAGGAAAAGGACCCGCCUGCCGCGAUACAGCAUGAGGAGCUGGUCGCGUACACCAACGUUUUUCGUGCAGUGGACAAGACAGCGCCCGCCGAGAAUACGAGGGUGUUCAUCGACACCGCCGCUUCGGGACACAUGGUAAGCGGCGAGAGCCCAGUCUCACAACAUGUAGUCGACUUGGUUGACUGCGACGUCCGCAUCAAGGGUUCGUGCGGCACAUCCAGCGCCACCAAGAAAGUGGACAAGACAGCGCCCGCCGAGAAUACUAGGGUGUUCAUUGACACCGCCGCUUCGGGACACAUGGUAAGCGGCGAGAGCCCAGUCUCACAACAUGUAGUCGACUUGGUUGACUGCGACGUCCGCAUCAAGGGUUCGUGCGGCACAUCCAGCGCCACCAAGAAAGAGGUGCCUCAAAUGUACGUCGUGAAUCUCAUCCUGGACGACCUGAAUCUCGACCUGCCUAGUUCUAAGCUCGUUUUCCGUGCCGAUACCGAUGCCGGUGUCUGGCACCGGAGGAUGGGACAUUGCAAUGCGCGUGCCGUGAAGCAGCUCUCGGAUAAGGAAGGCACCAGCAUCAAGUUCACUACCAACAUUCGACCAGGUGACUGCGAAGUGUGCGAUGUAUCUAAAAGCAAGAAGGCGAGUCACCGCCCAGUUGGCCGCGCCCGUUCACCGACGCGAAUGAUGCUUAUGCAUCUGGACCUGUGGGGGAAACAUGGUGUGCCAUCGUACAGCGGAUGUCAGCAUAUCGCAAUGUUCACCGACGAUAAGUCUCGCAUGCGGUGGGGCAUCCACCUGAAGAUAAAGGAUGAAGUGACUGACGCCCUCGAAGCCCUGAUUAAAGAAGUCGCCGACCCCGAGGGCAUCUGCAUCGGGAAAAUCCAUUGCGAUGGCGCAGCCGACUUCAAGGAUAGGUUGUUAGCAAUGUGUCGGUCCUUCGGGAUUGCUGUGGAGACAAGCCCCCCGUACGUCCCUCAAGGGAAUGCUGUCGCCGAACGUGGUUUCGGGACUGUCAUCGGUGCAGCACCCGACUUCAAGGAUAGGUUGUUAGCAAUGUGUCGGUCCUUCGGGAUUGCUGUGGAGACAAGCCCCCCGUACGUCCCUCAAGGGAAUGCUGUCGCCGAACGUGGUUUCGGGACUGUCAUCGGUGCAGCACGUAACCUCAUGCUUGGAGCUCCGCACCUGCCGCGUCAACUGUGGGCGGAAGCCAUGAAGGCCGCCAUUUACAUCAAGAACCGCACACCUACUGACGUCCUGGACGACAAAGCACCACUUGUGGUUUGGGAGGACAAACCACUCGGCAGCUUGAAGCACAUGCAUGAGUGGGGGUUUGUAACGUUUAAACACGUAGAAGCUCGCUUGCGAAACAAUAAGUUUUCUGCUAGGGCGAAGAAGUAUUACAUGGUGGCAUACAAUACAACCAGCAAGACGUGGCGGCUAUGGGACCCGGCGGAACCACUCAAAAUUACAAACUCUGCUGAAGUGUCAUUCCGCGAGGUAGAUGCCCGCGACGUCGCUCGCCCCAUGCACGGGUCUGACCCAUUUCCCGAACAAUGCCAGAUUUUCCAGCCCGGCAUUAUCACUGGGGCCGAGACAAGAGACGAGGAACCAGAACCGGCAGACACGAACGACGGACCGGACGAAGAACCGCCCGCGGUGCGCAAAAGCGGUCGCACGACAAAGCUGCGGGACCGUCUGAACCUGUUUACGACGGAGCAGGUGUUCGAAACAGAAUACGCACUGGUGAUCGGAGGUGAGAUCGGGAACCUUGGUCAAGGGAUACCUGGCCAACUAGGAUACAUGCCCGCCGAUCCACCGAACUACCGCGCAGCGGUCAACGGACCAGAUGCCGUUGGAUGGAUGAAAAGCAUGGAGGAGGAGAAUCGCUCCUUCCUAGACCACGACGUUUAUGAGUGGGUCGAUCCCCCGCGCGAUGCUCAAAUCAUCCCGUCAAAAUACACCUACAAAUGGAAGUACAACGAGGCCGGCAUCGAUGUGCGACAGAAAUCGAGAAUCGUAGUGCAAGGAUUUCACGAAACUGAGACCGGAACCGACAAUGCUGCACCGGUAGCGUCUCUCCAAGCCGUCCGUCUGAUCGUUGCGCAUGCUGCCAAGAAUGGACAUAGUCUUCGCCAAGCCGACACCAGGACGGCGUUCCUCCACGCGAGGAUGGAACCGGGAUCGAAAUCAGUCUCAGAGCGUGGCUUUACGGGUUGCGUUUUUUCCCCAAAAGGCCGGUGGGGCACUCUGCACGAUUUUCUCCUGAAGAUCGAAUUUGUUGAGGGCACCGCUGAACCGUACGACGGAGAUGUGCUCCUUCUCGUUUAUGUGGAUGAUAUUCUGCUGACCGGGGAGGGCGAGAACAAAGCGCUGAGCAUAGUAGAUCAGCUGAAUGAGCGUUUCGAAACAGUGGACCUGGGAGGAGCCAGAUUCCUGCUCGGUAUGGGAAUCAACCGAGACAGAGCCGCAGGGACAAUUCUUUUGGAACAAGAAGCGUAUACCAACGCAGUGUUGGACAAGUUCGGCAUGGCCGACGCGCGUCCGACGACAUCUCCGUCUGAGGCUGGACCGGUGUCCGUCUUGGAGGACGAGGUGAUGUCAGCGGAGGAUACCACAUAUUUCCGCUCCGCCACAGGCUCGCUUAAAUAUCUCAGCAGGUGCACAAGGCCCGACAUUACUCACUCCGUGAUGGUUCUGACGCGGAGUACGGCGAAACCAGGUAAGAGGGUGAUGCAGAAACUCAAACGCGUACUCAGGUACCUGAAAGGGACGAUAUCAAUCGGUGUACGCUACGGCGAGGAUGCCGAAGAUGGAAACGUCAUUACCGCGUUUGUCGACUCAGAUUUUGCAGGCGACCUAGACAAGGGCUCCUCCACCACGGGAGUCGUCCUGUACUUCGCUGGUGGACCGGUGGAAUGGACACUAUCCAAGCAAACGGUGGUGGCGACCUCUUCCGUUGAGNUCAAUCGGUGCGACCUAGACAAGGGCUCCUCCACCACGGGAGUCGUCCUGUACUUCGCUGGUGGACCGGUGGAAUGGACACUAUCCAAGCAAACGGUGGUGGCGACCUCUUCCGUUGAGGCAGAGUUCGUGGCUUUGUCAAAGGGGUGCAACAUCAUCAAGUACUUCCGCCACCUGCUGGACACCAUAAAUCAGACUCAGGAGGAAGCAACCGUGGUGUGGGAGGACAACUCGGGAGCUCUGAAAUUAACUCGCAGCUUCCGUAUCACCCCAAGGACAGGGCACAUUGACGUAACGUUUCACCACGAAAGGUCGCUGGUAGCUGAUGGAGUCGUAGGCGUGAAGCAAAUAUCGACGUCGCUUCAGAAAGCGGAUAUUAUUACACAAGGGCUAACCCCGUCGGACNGA